AUUAUAAUCAUCAUCAUUAUUAUUAUUAUUUUGGCCCUGUUUUGAUUCGAGGGAGGACGGACGCGAGAGGGCGUUUUCUUCUUGGAGGAGUCACACCGGAAGAUCGGCCGACUUCUCCGUCGGCCAUGGACGCGCAUCACGCAACCCUGGGUCGACGAACGCUGGAAGAGAUUCGUCAGAAGAGAGCAGCUGAGAGAUUGCACAAAGCCUCCUCGGGUCCUGAUCUCAAUUCUUCAAAUGCAUACGGGGCGUAUAGUUUGGAAGGUGGAAUUCGAGCAUCCGAGAGAGAUUCAUACGCGCUCCCAUCUCGAGUUAAGGAGCUUGAGAGUCGAAACGCGGAAUUAGAAGCUGAAAAUCAGAAGCUAUUGUCCAAGCUUGAAGCAAAGGAUGCUGAUAAUGAUACAUUGGUCAAGCGUGUGAAUGAACUGGAGAACAACGUUUUACCUGGGUUGAGGAAAGCUCUCAAGGAUGUCUCCAUAGAAAAAGAUGCAGCCUUUGUGGCGAAGGAGGAUGCUCUGUCCCAACUUCGGACAAUGAAGAAGCGCAUAAAGGAGGCUGAAGAGGACCAGUACAGGGCUGAAGAAGAUGCUGCCGCAUUAAGAGCAGAGUUGAGUGCUCUACAGCAACAAGGAUUUGGGAAUUCGUUUGGGGGUUUCUCCUCUACAGGCAAGUCUGCGGAGGAUAUUGCUGCAAUUGAGAAGGAGAUGGGUGAUUUGAAAUUGGUUUUGCAGCAAGAAUCACAAUUGAGACUACGAGAACAACAGAAAUUAGCUGAUGAGCAGCUCCGGCUUUCAUCUCUUAUGGCUGAAAAACAAAUGCUGGAAGAUAAAUAUCAAGAAUUGUCCAAAAAGGCUUCAGAUGAGGCAUUGGAAGUUGCUGCUCGGAAAGCAUUUAUAGUGCAAGACAAGGAGAGAUAUGACCAGCAGUUACAUGAUAUGGCAGCGAUGGUCGAAAGACUUGAAAAACAGUCGACAAAAAAAUUACUAAUGGAGAUUGACUCACAAUCAUCAGAGAUAGAAAGGCUCUUUGAAGAGAAUUCCAAUAUGGCAACUUCAUAUCAGGAUGCCAUGUCUGCUGCCAUGCAAUGGGAAAGACAGGUGAAAGAUUGCCUGAAGCAGAAUGAAGAGCUUCGCCACCUUCUUGAUAAAAUGAGAUCAGAGCAAGUUAACCCAUUGCAAUCAAGUGAUGGAAAUAUCCCUUCAUAUCCUGAUACUGAGAAAAUUGUUGGGAACAUGUCCACCUCUCCUGCAUCUGCAGUUGAAUAUCAGUUACUCAAGGGCCAGCUUGCUAAAGAACAGAGUAGGGCGGAAACACUGUCAGCGGAGGUUAUGAAACUUACAGCCGAACUCAGACGUUCAGUGCAAUCUUAUAACAACCUUGCGAGACUGUAUAGACCAGUUUUUCCAAAUAUAGAGAACGAGCUUAUGAAAAAUGAAGCAAGAAAGUUUUUGUCUCCAUUCAGCUGUAAGUUUUCCUAUGAUUCCAUUCAAUCUUCAUCCUGUGUUUCUACUACGGGAUCAGAUCAAUGA